AUGCCAGAACACCGCUGUAAAUACCGCUUUAACACACUUCUGAACUGGAAAGUUGGACAAAUGCUAAAGAACGGGUGUCUCUUCAAAAUUCUUCACGCCGAUCCGAGCACAUGUCAACACUUCAGUGGCUCUCUUGACACAGAUAUAUCUCCAUUUAUGAUCUACUCCUUAAAUAAACAAAAGAGAUGGGAAGUUGGUCGGAUGAUUGAUCAGAAAUUUAUGGAAGUUUUACAAGAGUUAAAUCAAAACUUGGAUUUAAUGUUCUUCCAAAGAAUCUCAGUUCAUCCGUGGAUUGAUAAUUGGAAAUGGUUCCCACCACACUAUUACACUGCUAUGGCAAGCUCAAAGAUCAGAGAACAGUUUGAAAUUUCAAAAGAUGGAGAGUAUAACAAAGAAAUGUUUGGAGGAGCUGGCAGAUAUUACGGCACCGCCAAGAAAAAAGUGAAAUGGGUUCCCACGACAAUGGAAAUUGUCACCUAUCAUGUUGUUCAAGAACCAAGAAAUUGGAGGAAAGUAUACACAAAGGACUUUAAGAAAUACCCAUGGGAUCGACAUAACGACACUCAUCUUCGAAAAAGUCAACUCGACCCGAAAAGUGUGAAAUAUUCCAUUAGAAAUCCCAUUGGAAACUCCUCAAAAAUUCUACAAUUUUAUGGAUCAUCUUGUGGAGAAGCCGAGGAGAAAUCCGAAGAAAUUUGA